AUGCGGCUCUCUGCCCUCUCCCUGGGUUUUCUAUCGGUCGCCCUCGCCGCUCGUCCCUUCUUGAAUGAGGCCGACACCGGUAUCGAGGACGUCUUCGGCGCUCUCCCCGCAGGCACUCUACCUGAGCUCUCCAGGAUCGUCGGUCUGUCCGACUUCGACUGGGCCGCCAGACGGUACUUGAACAUCUCUGCCUACACGUACUACCGCAAUGGCGCUGCGGGAGAGUGGUCGUACAGGAACAACCUUGAGGUGUUCCAUCGAUUCCGCUUCAGGCCAAGGGUGAUGGUGGACAUCACGAAUAUCGAGUCAACGCUGCCGACUACGCUCCUCGGCCACAACUUCUCUGCGCCGUUUUUUAUCAGCCCAUGUGCUCGAGGUGGGCUCGCUCAUCCCGAGGCCGAGCGAGGGUUGGUGAGAGGGGCUGCGGCAGAAAACAUCCUCUAUAUGCCUGCACUCUUCGCGACUCUUUCUAUCGAAGAUAUCGCCGCUGCCAAGACCGAAGACCAGGUUGUUUUCCAACAGGUAUACUUAGACUCAAACGACACCGCGACCCAACUCCUCUUCGAUCGUAUCGAGAGGUCUGGCGCAAAAGCCAUCAUAUUCACUGUCGAUUCCGCUGCAGAUGGAAACAGACAUCGUGCCGCCCGUUUCGGUGUCGGCUCUGCUGACUCAUCAUAUUCUCUCAUUACCUGGGAUAUCUACAAGCAACUCCAAAACAUGACUUCUCUCCCCAUCAUCAUCAAGGGCAUCAUGUCCGUUGAGGACGCUCGAGGAGCCGUAGCCGCUGGAGCACCUGCUAUCAUCCUCUCGAACCACGGUGGCCGUCAGCUCGACAGUUCCCCAUCCUCGCUCGAGGUUGCGCUCGAGAUCCACGAGGAGGCUCCGGAGAUCUUCACUCAGACGGAGGUGUAUGCCGAUGGUGGGGUUCGUUACGGCGCCGACGUCCUCAAGCUUCUUGCCUUGGGCGUACGCGCCGUCGGCCUUGGACGGCCCUUCAUGUUCGCUAACGCGUACGGAGCGGAGGGAGUCCAGCGCGCGAUCCAGCUGUUGAAGCGCGAGAUUGCGAUCGACGCGGGUAAUUUGGGAGUGGCUGACUUGAAGGCCAUAAACUCGUCUUUUGUCAAGUGGACGCCGAACCUCUGGCUAUAG